AUGCCAGGUUCGGAGCUGGCGGGCGGUCCUGCACAGCCACAGUCCCGUGAGUGCCGCGUGUGCGGCGACAGUUUUGGUGACAAGAGUCCCGCGACGGUGAGUGACACGCGAGUGCCGCGAGUUCCACGAGGAGUUCCACUUGAGUUCCGCGGUGAGAUCUGUGACGGGGUGCUGCGUGAGUGCCGCGACAGUUGUGCCAAGGAGUGUGCCGCGUGUAUCCCGCGAGAGUGCCACGAUGUUGUGUGCCAAGGAGUGUGCCGCGUGUAUCCCGCGAGAGUGCCACGAUGUAGUGUGCCAAGGAGUGUGCCGCGUGUAUCCCGCGAGAGUGCCACGAUGUUGUGUGCCAAGGAGUGUGCCGCGUGUAUCCCGCGAGAGUGCCACGAUGUAGUGUGCCAAGGAGUGUGCCGCGUGUAUCCCGCGAGAGUGCCACGAUGUAGUGUGCCAAGGAGUGUGCCGCGUGUAUCCCGCGAGAGUGCCACGAUGUUGUGUGCCAAGGAGUGUGCCGCGUGUAUCCCGCGAGAGUGCCACGAUGUAGUGUGCCAAGAAGUGUGCCGCGUGUAUCCCGCGAGAUGUGCCAAGGAGUGUGCCGCGUGUAUCCCGCGAGAGUGCCACGAUGUAGUGUGCCAAGGAGUGUGCCGCGUGUAUCCCGCGAGAGUGCCACGAUGUUGUGUGCCAAGGAGAGUGCCGCGUGUAUCCCGCGAGAGUGCCACGAUGUUGUGUGCCAAGGAGUGUGCCGCGUGUAUCCCGCGAGAGUGCCACGAUGUUGUGUGCCAAGGAGUGUGCCGCGUGUAUCCCGCGAGAGUGCCACGAUGUUGUGUGCCAAGGAGUGUGCCGCGUGUAUCCCGCGAGAGUGCCACGAUGUUGUGUGCCAAGGAGUGUGCCGCGUGUAUCCCGCGAGAGUGCCACGAUGUAGUGUGCCAAGGAGUGUGCCGCGUGUAUCCCGCGAGAGUGCCACGAUGUAGUGUGCCAAGGAGUGUGCCGCGUGUAUCCCGCGAGAGUGCCACGAUGUUGUGUGCCAAGGAGUGUGCCGCGUGUAUCCCGCGAGAGUGCCACGAUGUUGUGUGCCAAGGAGUGUGCCGCGUGUAUCCCGCGAGAGUGCCACGAUGUUGUGUGCCAAGGAGUGUGCCGCGUGUAUCCCGCGAGAGUGCCACGAUGUUGUGUGCCAAGGAGUGUGCCGCGUGUAUCCCGCGAGAGUGCCACGAUGUUGUGUGCCAAGGAGUGUGCCGCGUGUAUCCCGCGAGAGUGCCACGAUGUAGUGUGCCAAGGAGUGUGCCGCGUGUAUCCCGCGAGAGUGCCACGAUGUUGUGUGCCAAGGAGUGUGCCGCGUGUAUCCCGCGAGAGUGCCACGAUGUAGUGUGCCAAGAAUGUGCCAAGGAGUGUGCCGCGUGUAUCCCGCGAGAGUGCCACGAUGUAGUGUGCCAAGGAGUGUGCCGCGUGUAUCCCGCGAGAGUGCCACGAUGUAGUGUGCCAAGGAGUGUGCCGCGUGUAUCCCGCGAGAGUGCCACGAUGUUGUGUGCCAAGGAGUGUGCCGCGUGUAUCCCGCGAGAGUGCCACGAUGUAGUGUGCCAAGGAGUGUGCCGCGUGUAUCCCGCGAGAGUGCCACGAUGUAGUGUGCCAAGGAGUGUGCCGCGUGUAUCCCGCGAGAGUGCCACGAUGUUGUGUGCCAAGGAGUGUGCCGCGUGUAUCCCGCGAGAGUGCCAUGAUGUAGUGUGCCAAGGAGUGUGCCGCGUGUAUCCCGCGAGAGUGCCACGAUGUAGUGUGCCAAGGAGUGUGCCGCGUGUAUCCCGCGAGAGUGCCACGAUGUUGUGUGCCAAGGAGUGUGCCGCGUGUAUCCCGCGAGAGUGCCACGAUGUUGUGUGCCAAGGAGUGUGCCGCGUGUAUCCCGCGAGAGUGCCACGAUGUUGUGUGCCAAGGAGUGUGCCGCGUGUAUCCCGCGAGAGUGCCACGAUGUUGUGUGCCAAGGAGUGUGCCGCGUGUAUCCCGCGAGAGUGCCACGAUGUUGUGUGCCAAGGAGUGUGCCGCGUGUAUCCCGCGAGAGUGCCACGAUGUUGUGUGCCAAGGAGUGUGCCGCGUGUAUCCCGCGAGAGUGCCACGAUGUUGUGUGCCAAGGAGUGUGCCGCGUGUAUCCCGCGAGAGUGCCACGAUGUUGUGUGCCAAGGAGUGUGCCGCGUGUAUCCCGCGAGAUGUGCCAAGGAGUGUGCCGCGUGUAUCCCGCGAGAGUGCCACGAUGUAGUGUGCCAAGGAGUGUGCCGCGUGUAUCCCGCGAGAGUGCCACGAUGUAGUGUGCCAAGGAGUGUGCCGCGUGUAUCCCGCGAGAGUGCCACGAUGUUGUGUGCCAAGGAGUGUGCCGCGUGUAUCCCGCGAGAGUGCCACGAUGUAGUGUGCCAAGGAGUGUGCCGCGUGUAUCCCGCGAGAGUGUCACGAUGUAGUGUGCCAAGGAGUGUGCCGCGUGUAUCCCGCGAGAGUGCCACGAUGUUGUGUGCCAAGGAGUGUGCCGCGUGUAUCCCGCGAGAGUGCCACGAUGUAGUGUGCCAAGGAGUGUGCCGCGUGUAUCCCGCGAGAUGUGCCAAGGAGUGUGCCGCGUGUAUCCCGCGAGAGUGCCACGAUGUAGUGUGCCAAGGAGUGUGCCGCGUGUAUCCCACGAGAGUGCCGCAAUGUUGUGUGCCAAGGAGUGUGCCGCGUGUAUCCCGCGAGAGUGCCGCAAUGUUGUGUGCCAAGGAGUGUGCCGCGUGUAUCCCGCGAGAGUGUCGCAGUGGAGUGUGCCAAGGAGUGUGCCGCGUGUAUCCCGCGAGAGUGCCGCAAUGUUGUGUGCCAAGGAGUGUGCCGCGUGUAUCCCGCGAUAGUGUCGCAGUGGAGUGUGCCAAGGAGUGUGCCGCGUGUAUCCCGCGAGAGUGCCACGAUGUAGUGUGCCAAGGAGUGUGCCGCGUGUAUCCCGCGAGAGUGUCGCAGUGGAGUGUGCCAAGGAGUGUGCCGCGUGUAUCCCGCGAGAGUGUCGCAGUGGAGUGUGCCAAGGAGUGUGCCGCGUGUAUCCCGCGAGAGUGCCGCAAUGUUGUGUGCCAAGGAGUGUGCCGCGUGUAUCCCGCGAGAGUGUCGCAGUGGAGUGUGCCAAGGAGUGUGCCACGUGUAUCCCGCGAGAGUGUCGCAGUGGAGUGUGCCAAGGAGUGUGCCACGUGUAUCCCGCGAGAGUGUCGCAGUGGAGUGUGCCAAGGAGUGUGCCGCGUAAGUCCCGCGACAGUGCGGCGGGAGUUCCGAGCGGAUUCCGAGCGAAGGGAAGUGCGACUUCAGUGA